CAUUGUAUAUCAUAUUCAAUAUAUCAGGAUUUCCAUAAUUUAUCUCGAGAGUCGCUUAUUUUUUCAGAGAGAGAGAGAGUCGGGGUUAUCUUAAUGAUUUCAGCAUUUUUAUAGAAAAAAAUUAAAGCAGAAAUUAAAUUGUUUCUAUUUACAAGAAUAAAGUUCAUAAUUAUUGUUUAAUGCCAAAUAUUUUUUCUUGAAUCAUUAUAUUACCAGCCUUAAUUCAAUUCAUAGCUAAUUUCUUUGCGAGAAGUUGCUUUUCAUCACCAGUGGUAAUUUGUUUUUGUAAAUUGUAAACAAAUAAGUAACAGAACACUCUCUUUGUUGCAAUAAAACUCUGAAGCAUUGGCACCAUAUAUUACGUUUAACGAAUGCACACCCAGGCACAAGAUAACAUAAGAAAUUAAUCGUUAGAUUGUUUUCCGUACAACCAAAAUUGCUUUCGUGCAAUAGAGUAUACUACUUGCCAAAGUAAUAAAAUGGAGAUUAUCGAAUAUUUUGCGCCGAUUUCAUCGCAUUCCCUAAAGUAGGGACACGCAUAGUUUCAUUAGCAAGUUUGCAUAUCGACGAAAAACUGUCUGAUUUGAAGAGGAUUUCAAAUUAAUUUUGAAACUUUCUGAUGUCUGUCAUUAAACCACGGAAAGAUGAAUAAUGCUUUAUAUUGGCUUGUUUUACCUGGACUUUUACGCAUCUUAUUAGUUGCUCCUCUUCGAUGUUAUGAGUGUGAAUUGAAUCGUAAAAAAUCCAAUAACACAUGCCUAGACCCACUGGACACCACACACGAUGACGUCAGAGUGACACAAUGCCAAGAUCCAAGAGAGACUUGUCUCAUAGUGAAGACUCAGUUCAUAAAUGGAGACAUUUUCUACCAACGAAAAUGCGGGAAAGCGAACCACAAAGACUCCUGCAAAGACUUACACCUGAACGGAACCAGAUACAUGCUGGACGUGGAAGUCUGUUCAUGCCAGACAGACCUGUGUAACACAGCAGACUCAAUAUCAGCCCUGUCUAGCAGAACAAUCGCGUUUAUUACAUUUAUGUGGGCUUUUCUAUUAUAAGACAAAGGGCCCACGCAUGACUCUUUGAUUGUCCACGCGGCUUUUAUUUAUGAUUGUGCAAUUGGUGAUCCUUUUUUUUUUUACGCCGAAUUUG